AAACUCCACCGCUGUCAAAAAAAAAACAUAAAUAAAGUAAAAGUAAAAAAUGUAUAUAAGUGAGAACGUCAGUAAGUGUCAAUGUAAUGUGUGAUACAUGAUAAUCAAUUUAUCUUUGCAAAUAAUCUUUAUUUGUAAAAGAAUUUAAACAAAACCUAAAUAUAAACUAUAAAACAAACUCCGUAUCAUCACCCACAUAAAUUCAGCAUAGUGAUUAUAUCUUCAAGCAUUAAAAUGUGAAAUCUUCUAACCUGCAAGACAUAUCCGUCAGAAAAAAGUCAAUUUUUAAAAAAUUAUUAUUUAUAAUUUUAAAUUAAUAAAUAUUGAACAUUUAUGCACUUCAACAAGCCUAAUAUUCCGCCUGUCAAGUAUGAAUGGGCAAGUCAAGUCGCCUCGAGAAAGGUUAACUGGCUUAGGCACCAGUACGACCAAUUGGUUUGCAAGCUUGAUCCCUCCUGAGCAAAUCGCUGGAAUGCCAGAUAUUCUUCAUGUCACCGAAGAGACUCACCAGCACCAGCUUCACGAGACUGUUUUGGCGACAGAAGUUGACAACAAGGUCAAGACUAAGCUUCUCACCAUGUGGAAUAAUGUUAAAUACGGAUGGGCAUCAAAAAUAAAAACAAAUUUUUCCAAAGAAUCACCAGUAUGGCUACUAGGCUCCUGUUAUUACAAAAAGCCAGAGGAAGCUCUGUCACUGGACAAAGCCUCGGAAGCUGGCUUGGAUCCGGACUCGAGUGAGGACGAAUCUUUAGCAGAAGAUGCGACAAUAAUGGACGAAGGAAUGGACGGGUUCAAACGCGACUUUGUGUCGCGGUUAUGGCUGACUUACCGGAAAGAAUUUCCUAUUUUAAAUGGCUCUACUUAUACGACUGAUUGCGGGUGGGGCUGUAUGCUGAGGAGUGGACAGAUGAUGCUCGCUCAAGCAUUAGUUUGUCAUUUUCUUGGCAGAGAUUGGAGAUGGAGGCCGGACCAGAAGGAUGAAAUGUGUUUGCAAGAUGAAGCUACUCAUCGUAUGAUUAUUAAAUGGUUUGGAGACCAGCCUACGGAGCAAACGCCGUUGUCUAUUCAUACUUUAGUUAAAUUCGGAGCCUCCGCGGGGAAAAGGGCUGGAGAUUGGUAUGGCCCGGCUUCUGUUGCUCAUUUACUUAGUCAGGCUGUUAAAGAUGCUGCUUUGAGACAUGAACAGUUUGAGAAUUUGGCUAUUUAUGUCGCACAAGAUUGUGCAGUCUAUUUAGAAGACGUAAGAAAAGCUUGUGAGAAACCUGACGGUAGUUGGAGAUCAUUAGUCCUAUUAGUACCUUUACGACUAGGCGCUGAUAAAUUAAACCCUAAUUACGCGCCAUGUCUAACGGCGCUCUUGCAGCUGGACGUUUGCAUUGGAGUAAUUGGAGGUCGUCCUAAGCACUCAUUAUACUUCAUAGGCUACCAGGAGGACAAAUUUAUUCACCUAGACCCUCAUUAUUGUCAAGAAGCUGUUGAUGUUUGGAAAGAUAAUUUUCCUCUUGCCAGUUUUCAUUGUUCAUCCCCAAGAAAAAUGUUACUCUCAAAAAUGGACCCUAGUUGCUGCGUGGGAUUUUAUUUUUCAGAUAAACAGGCUUUGGAUAAGUUUGUUUUGACCAUCGAGAGAUCUUUAGUGCCUUCCAAUCAGAAGGUCGACUACCCGAUGUUCUUAUUCUGUGAAGGAAGCGGAGAUGAAAUAAGACGCGGGUAUGAAGUCACCGAAGAUAUGAUGGCCACUGCGAAUGUAAGUCCCGACCAAUUUCCUGCCGAUGAAUUGCCCUACGAAUGUGAGGAAUUUGAAGUUCUGUAGUGAUCAAUCAUUACUCUUAAGUUAAGUUUAUUUUUUUAGGUAGUUAGUCAUUAAAAUUAAUUAUUAAU